UUAAACAAGGGCUAACUGUUGAAAUUCACAGGGACUUGUCAAAAACCCUUUUCCAGUUUUCUUCCUCCCCGUCUACACAUAGCAACACAGAAACUUCUGCCAUUGUCAAGAAGAGUCAAAAUUUCGUUGAACUUCCCAUAAAGAUAAACUUUUACACUCUCUGUUAGCAAUCUUAUUCUUUUUUCAAUAAUGGCUCUCGAUGCUUCUGAUGCUCUCGCAGUGAGGGAAAAAGUUCAGAAGUUCUUAAAUGCUGCUCGGACUGGAAAUCUGGACCUCCUCAAGAAAUUGGGCAAACAACUUGAUGAUGGAAAAGGAUUGGCCCAUACAGUAGCUGAUGUUAAGGAUGCUAACCAGAGAGGGGCUCUGCAUUUUGCUGCAAGGGAGGGCCAGACUGAGGUGUGCAAGUAUUUGCUGGAGGAGUUGAAGCUUGAUGUCAAUACGAAAGAUGAAGAUGGUGAGACUCCUCUUAUCCAUGCAGCUCGGCAAGGACAUACAGCCACUGCCAAAUACCUUGUAGAGUGGGGUGCUGAUCCUGCUAUACCAAGUGAAUUAGGAGCCACUGCUCUGCAUCAUUCUGCGGGAAUAGGAGAUAUUGAGUUACUGAAAUUCUUACUUGCUAAGGGUGUAAAUGUUGAUUUACAAAGUGAUGCCGGCACUCCACUUAUAUGGGCUGCUGGUCAUUGCCAGCAAGAUGCUGUAAAAUUGCUACUAGAUCAUAAUGCUAAUCCCAAUGCUCAAACUGAAGAUGAUGUUACUCCUCUAUUAUCAGCUGCUGCAGCUGGCUCAUUACAGUGUUUGGGGUUGUUAAUCAAGGCAGGUGCCAAUGUGAAUAUUACUGCUGGUGGAGCAACGCCUCUGCACAUUGCUGCUGAUGUUGGUAGCCCAGAAGUCAUAAACUGCUUAUUGCAAGCUGGAGCAAAUCCUAAUGCCACAGACGAGGUAACAUUCGCAGAUAUGUGCAAAAGUUUUUGUAUUUUACUAUUUAUGUACAAGUUUUUAAUUAGAGAUUUUUUGGUCUUUCGUGUGUUCACCCUUUCAAGGUUCAAGCGGAAUAUUGCUACAGGAUAAGUUUGAAAAUACCGU